ACUGAGAUUCUGCCUCUGUCUCUAGGGUCCAGCAAUGCCUGCGAGAAAACCUCCUUCGCCUUCCUCCGUCAGGAGCUGCCCGUCCGACUGGCCAACAUCAUGAAGGAGAUCAACCUGCUGCCAGACCGGGUGAUCAGCACGCCCUCGGUGCAGCUGGUGCAGAGCUGGUAUGUGCAGAGCUUGCUGGACAUUAUGGAGUUCCUGGACAAAGACCCCGAGGACCAAGCCACGCUGGGACAGUUCACGGACGCCCUCAUCACCAUCCGUAACCGGCACAAUGACGUGGUGCCCACCAUGGCACAGGGGGUGAUCGAGUACAAGGAGACCUACGGGGACGACCCCGUGUCCAACCAGAACAUCCAGUACUUCCUGGACCGCUUCUACCUUAGCCGCAUCUCCAUCCGCAUGCUGAUCAACCAGCACUCCCUGCUCUUCGACGGCAGCACCAAUCCGGCUCACCCCAAGCACAUCGGCAGCAUCGACCCCCACUGUGACGUGUCGGAGGUGGUGAAAGACGCCUACCACAUGGCCAAGCUGCUGUGCGACCAGUACUACAUGGCCUCGCCCGAGCUGGAGAUCCAGGAGGUCAGCGCCGGCAGUCUCAAGCAGCCGAUCCACAUUGUCUACGUCCCGUCUCACCUCUACCACAUGCUCUUUGAGCUCUUCAAGAAUGCCAUGCGAGCCACUGUGGAGAGCCACGAGUCCAGCCUCCGGCUCCCCGCCAUCAAAGUGCUGGUAGCCCUGGGUAAAGAGGAUCUUUCUAUCAAGGUAGGUGGCCUGGCGGAGGGCCCCGAGGCUAACAAGGAGCCCUUCGCAUCAGCUGUAAAAGGGGCCAUGGCUAAGUGCCCGGGGAGCUGCUUGCAUGCUGGGGGCCAGGCAGUGCCGCAGGGACACGGGGGCGUGUGCGCUAGGGGAGGGGAGGAGACUCCUGAAUUCUGUUUGACCGACUUGCCGUCACCCUGGGACUGGGAGGGAGGCGUGUUGCCCUCCCCCCCACGCUGUCUGGCUUCCCUUUCCCCAUGGGGCUCAUACCAGAGUUUGCUUGAACCCUGA